UUCAAAGAAUAAACAUGCCUUCUGUGCCAGACACUGUACUGUACUGAGCAGCGCUCCUGCUGUCACGCCAGGCAAAUAAUCAGCGGCUGUCGCAGAGAAGGAAAAGAGAGGGAGCUGUCCUGAUCUCUUUCUGGGAUCGGGGACACGUGUUUCGCGAGCCCCGUGCGGGAGCCGCGGCGCGAGGCUCUACCUGUCACCCGCCGCGGCGGCCACUUCCGGUAGUGAUGGUCUCUCCGUCCGGCGGGUCUCGGCUCCGGCGAAAUCACCGCGGCGUCCUGCUCCCGCUCCCAGCGCCCUCACAUCUCGCUAGGGAAGCCCAGAAGUGCUCGCAGCCUGCCAGGGCCCCCCAGCCAUGGCGGAGCAGGACCACCCCGCCGGGGAGCCGCCGGAGGCCCCCGCCGCCCUGCACUCCCACUUCAUCAUCGGCUCCGUGUCGGAGGAGAACUCGGAGGACGAGAUCUUGGGCAAGGUGGACCUGUUGGGGGACAAGGAGCGCUCGCUGUCCCCGUCCUCGGUAAGCUCCGACAGCCAGUACGAGCUGGGCUUCGACCACCUCGACGGACCCCUGCACCACAUGAGGCCCAGCAUGUCGGGGCUCCACCUGGUGAAGCAGGGCCGUGAUCGAAGGCGCAUCGACCUGCAGAGAGACUUUACCGUGGCCUCCCCUGCGGAAUUCGUCACGCGCUUCGGAGGCAACAAGGUCAUCGAGAAGGUUCUCAUCGCCAACAACGGCAUCGCCGCGGUGAAGUGCAUGCGGUCUAUCCGCCGCUGGGCCUACGAGAUGUUCCGGAAUGAGCGCGCCAUUCGCUUUGUCGUCAUGGUAACCCCCGAGGACCUUAAGGCCAAUGCAGAGUACAUUAAAAUGGCGGACCACUAUGUGCCUGUACCUGGAGGACCUAAUAACAACAACUACGCCAAUGUGGAGCUCAUUCUGGACAUCGCCAAGCGCAUCCCCGUGCAGGCGGUGUGGGCGGGCUGGGGCCAUGCCUCAGAGAAUCCCAAGCUCCCAGAGCUGCUGCACAAGAAUGGCAUUGCCUUCAUGGGUCCACCCAGCCAGGCCAUGUGGGCGCUGGGAGAUAAGAUCGCCUCAUCCAUCGUAGCACAGACAGCGGGCAUUCCCACGCUACCCUGGAGUGGGACUGGGCUGACAGUGGAGUGGUCAGACAGUGACCAGAAGAAGAGGAACAUCAAAGUGCCCCCUGAGCUGUAUGAGCAGGGCUGCAUCCAUGACAUGGAGGAGGGACUACAGGCUGCAGAGAAAGUGGGUUACCCUGUGAUGGUGAAGGCCUCGGAAGGCGGGGGAGGAAAGGGCAUCCGUAAAGUGAACAGCGCAGAUGACUUCCCUAACCUCUUCAGACAGGUCCAGACAGAGGUGCCCGGCUCUCCUAUCUUCGUGAUGCGACUGGCGAAGCACGCGAGGCACCUGGAAGUCCAGAUCCUGGCCGAUCAGUAUGGUAAUGCCAUCUCGCUCUUCGGCCGUGACUGUUCUGUGCAGCGGCGCCACCAGAAGAUCAUUGAGGAGGCCCCCGCCACUAUCGCCACAUGUGCUGUGUUCGAGAACAUGGAGAAGUGUGCCGUGAAGCUGGCGAAGAUGGUGGGCUACGUCAGCGCUGGCACAGUGGAGUACCUGUACAGCCAAGAUGGCAGCUUCUACUUCCUGGAGCUCAAUCCCCGGCUGCAGGUGGAGCACCCCUGCACGGAGAUGGUGGCCGAUGUCAACUUGCCUGCUGCACAGCUACAGAUCGCCAUGGGGAUCCCCCUGCAAAGGAUCAAGGACAUCCGGAUGCUGUAUGGGCUGCAGCCAUGGGGCGACUCGCCCAUCGACUUCGAGGGCUUGUCCACGGCGCCCUCUCCGCGUGGCCAUGUGAUCGCCGCUCGCAUCACCAGCGAGAACCCUGACGAGGGGUUCAAGCCCAGCUCGGGCACCGUGCAGGAGCUGAAUUUCCGCAGCAGCAAGAACGUCUGGGGGUAUUUCAGCGUGGCGGCUGCCGGUGGGCUGCACGAAUUUGCCGACUCGCAAUUCGGUCACUGCUUCUCCUGGGGGGAAAACCGCGAGGAGGCUAUCUCGAACAUGGUGGUGGCCCUGAAGGAACUGUCUAUCCGUGGGGAUUUCAGGACCACGGUGGAGUACCUCAUCAAACUGCUGGAAACGGAGAGCUUCCAGCACAACAGCAUCGACACGGGCUGGCUGGACCGGCUCAUCUCCGAGAAAGUGCAGGCAGAGCGACCGGACACCAUGCUGGGUAUAGUGUGCGGAGCCCUCCAUGUUGCCGACAUCAGUUUAAGGAACAGCGUCUCAAACUUCCUCCACUCGCUGGAAAGGGGUCAGGUGCUGCCCGCUCACACUCUCCUCAACACUGUGGAUGUGGAGCUCAUUUAUGAGGCCACCAAAUACGCGCUGAAGGUGACCCGUCAGUCUCCCAACUCCUAUGUGGUGAUCAUGAAUCACUCAUGUGUGGAGGUGGACGUCCACCGGCUGAGCGAUGGCGGCCUCCUGCUCUCCUACGAUGGCAGCAGUUACACAACGUACAUGAAGGAAGAGGUGGACAGGUAUCGCAUCACGAUCGGGAACAAGACCUGCGUGUUCGAGAAGGAGAACGACCCCUCACUCCUGCGCUCCCCCUCCGCGGGGAAGCUGAUCCAGUACACGGUGGAGGACGGGGGGCAUGUCUUCGCAGGACAGUGCUACGCUGAGAUAGAGGUGAUGAAGAUGGUGAUGACCCUGACGGCGGCAGAGUCGGGCUGUAUCCACUACGUGAAGCGCGCGGGGGCGGUGCUGGAUCCCGGCUGCGUCAUCGCGAAGCUGCAGCUGGACGACCCCAGCAGAGUCCAGCAGGCGGAGCUGCACACUGGAGCACUACCCCAGAUCGAGUCCCUGGCUCUGCGAGGAGAGAAGCUGCACCGGGUCUUCCACAGCACGCUGGACCACCUGGUCAACAUCAUGAAUGGCUUCUGUCUUCCCGAGCCCUUCUUCAGUGCCAAGCUGAAGGAGUGGGUGGAGAGGCUAAUGAAGACCCUGAGGGACCCAUCCCUCCCACUGCUGGAGCUGCAGGACAUCAUGACCAGUGUCUCGGGCCGUAUCCCCCCCGCUGUGGAGAAGGCCAUCAAGAAAGAGAUGGCACAGUACGCUAGCAACAUCACCUCCGUGCUCUGCCAGUUCCCCAGCCAGCAGAUUGCCAACAUCCUGGACAGCCACGCUGCCACACUGAACCGCAAAUCCGAGAGAGAGGUCUUCUUCAUGAACACGCAGAGCAUCGUCCAGCUGGUGCAGAAGUACCGCAGCGGAAUCCGCGGCCACAUGAAGGCAGUGGUGAUGGACCUGCUGCGCCAGUACCUCAGGGUGGAGGUGCAGUUCCAGAACGGACAUUAUGACAAGUGCGUUUUCAUGCUGCGCGAGGAGAACAAGGGCGAUAUGGCCAACGUCCUCAACUACAUCUUCUCCCACGCCCAAGUUACCAAGAAGAACCUGCUGGUCACCAUGCUGAUUGACCAGCUGUGCGGCCGAGACCCGACACUGACGGACGAGCUGAUGUCCAUCCUGACGGAGCUGACCCAGCUCAGUAAGACCACCAACGCCAAGGUGGCGCUUCGUGCCCGGCAGGUGCUGAUUGCCUCUCACCUGCCCUCUUACGAGCUGCGGCACAACCAGGUGGAGUCCAUCUUCCUGUCCGCCAUCGACAUGUAUGGCCACCAGUUUUGCAUCGAAAACCUACAGAAGCUGAUCUUAUCUGAGACAUCCAUCUUCGAUGUGCUUCCAAACUUCUUCUACCACAGCAACCAGGUUGUCAGGAUGGCCGCACUCGAGGUAUAUGUACGCAGGGCUUACAUCGCCUACGAGCUAAACAGUGUCCAGCACAGGCAGCUGAAAGACAGCACCUGCAUCGUGGAGUUCCAGUUCAUGCUGCCCACCUCCCACCCCAACAGAGGGAACAUCCCCACUCUCAACAGAAUGUCCUUCUCUUCCAAUCUCAACCACUACGGCAUGCUCCACGUGGCCAGCGUGAGCGAUGUGCUGCUGGACACUUCCUUCACUCCUCCUUGCCAGCGCAUGGGUGCCAUGGUCUCUUUCCGCUCCUUCCAGGACUUCAUGAGGAACAUUAAUGAUGUAAUGAGCUGCUUCUCUGACUCCCCGCCUCCCAGCCCCACUUUCCCCGAGGGGGGUCACCCUGCUCUGUAUGGAGAGGAGGACAGUAAGAGCGUGCGGGACGAGCCCAUUCACAUCCUGAAUGUGGCCAUCAAGACCGACGGCGACAUCGACGACGACGGGCUGGCCGCCAUGUUCAGAGAUUUCACUCAGUCCAAGAAAUCGCUGCUGUUUGAACAUGGAAUCCGUAGGCUGACAUUCCUGGUGGCUCAGAAGGAUUUCAGGAAACAGGUGAACUGCGAGGUGGAUCAGAGAUUCCAUAGAGAGUUUCCCAAGUUUUUCACCUUCCGUGCGAGAGACAAGUUCGAAGAGGACCGUAUCUACAGACACCUGGAGCCCGCGCUGGCCUUCCAGCUGGAGCUGAAUCGCAUGCGGAACUUUGCCCUGACCGCCAUCCCCUGCGCCAACCACAAGAUGCACCUGUACCUGGGCGCCGCCCGCGUGGAGGUGGGCAUAGAGGUCACCGACUACCGCUUCUUCGUCCGCGCCAUCAUCCGCCACUCUGACCUCGUCACCAAGGAGGCGUCGUUCGAGUACCUGCAGAACGAGGGGGAGCGGCUGCUGCUGGAGGCCAUGGACGAGCUGGAGGUGGCCUUCAACAACACCACUGUGCGCACCGACUGCAACCACAUCUUCCUCAACUUCGUCCCCACCGUCAUCAUGGACCCCUCCAAGAUCGAGGAGUCCGUGCGCUCCAUGGUGAUGCGGUACGGCAGCCGGCUGUGGAAGCUGAGGGUCCUGCAGGCCGAGCUGAAGAUCAACAUCCGCCUGACGCCCACGGGCAAAGCCAUCCCCAUCCGGCUCUUCCUCACCAACGAGUCGGGCUACUACCUGGACAUCAGCCUGUACAAGGAGGUCACCGACUCCCGCACGGGACAGGUGGGGCCCAAAGACCAAAAGAUCAUGUUCCAGGCGUAUGGGGACAAGCAGGGGCCUCUGCACGGCAUGCUCAUCAACACCCCCUACGUCACCAAGGAUCUUCUGCAGUCCAAGCGCUUCCAGGCCCAAUCGCUGGGCACCACCUAUGUGUAUGACUUCCCCGAGAUGUUCAGGCAGUCAUUGCUGAAGCUCUGGGAGUCUACCGAGGCUUAUGCCCACCUGCCCAAGUGCCCUCUGCCCUCUGAACUCCUGACCUACACUGAGCUGGUGCUGGAUGCCCAGGGUCAGCUGGUACAGAUGAACCGCCUUCCAGGGGGAAAUGAGAUCGGCAUGGUCGCCUGGAGGAUGACCCUCAGGACCCCGGAGUACCCCACGGGGCGGGACAUCAUCGUGAUCAGCAACGACAUCACCCACAAGAUCGGGUCGUUCGGGCCGCAGGAAGACGUGCUGUUCCAGCAGGCCUCGGAGCUGUCCCGGGCCGAGGGCAUCCCACGCAUCUACAUCGCCGCCAACAGCGGGGCCCGCAUCGGGCUGGCCGAGGAGAUCCGCCACAUGUUCCACGUGGCAUGGCAGGACCUCAGCGACCCCUACAAGGGGUUCAAGUACCUGUACCUCACCCCGCAGGACUAUAAGAAGGUGUCAGCGCUGAACUCUGUGCACUGUGAGCAUGUGGAAGACGAGGGGGAGUCCAGGUACAAGAUCACAGACAUCAUUGGGAAGGAGGAGGGCUUGGGCGUGGAGAACCUGCGUGGCUCGGGCAUGAUCGCAGGAGAGUCCUCGCUGGCAUACGAGGAGGUCAUCACCAUGAAUCUGGUGACGUGCCGCGCGAUUGGGAUUGGAGCAUACCUGGUGAGGCUGGGCCAGAGGACCAUCCAGGUUGAAAACUCCCACAUCAUCCUAACUGGAGCUGGGGCUCUCAACAAGGUCCUGGGCCGGGAGGUGUACACCUCCAACAACCAGCUGGGCGGAGUGCAGAUCAUGCACAACAACGGAGUGACGCACUGUACCGUCUGCGACGACUUUGAGGGCGUCUACACCUUGCUGCAGUGGCUGUCCUACAUGCCCAAGUGCAACUCCAGCCCCGUACCCAUUCUGGAUGCCAAGGAUCCCAUUGACCGGCCCGUGGAGUUUGUGCCCACCAAAGCCCCCUACGACCCUCGAUGGAUGUUGGCUGGCCGCCCUAGCCAGAGUCCCAAAGGCCAGUGGCUCAGCGGCUUCUUUGACCACGGUUCGUUCCUAGAGAUCAUGCAGCCCUGGGCACAGAGUGUGGUGGUGGGCAGAGCCAGGCUGGGUGGAAUACCUACUGGAGUGGUUGCUGUGGAAACCAGGUCCGUCGAGCUGUCAGUGCCAGCAGACCCUGCCAACCUGGACUCAGAGGCCAAGAUCAUCCAGCAGGCUGGCCAGGUCUGGUUCCCCGACUCGGCCUUCAAGACAGCCCAGGCCAUCAAGGACCUGAACCGUGAAGGGCUGCCCCUCAUGGUGUUCGCCAACUGGAGGGGCUUCUCCGGAGGCAUGAAAGAUAUGUACGACCAGGUGCUGAAGUUUGGGGCCUACAUUGUGGAUGGCCUGCGGGAGUACCGUCAGCCCGUACUGGUCUACAUCCCGCCCCAGGCAGAGCUGAGGGGUGGCUCCUGGGUAGUUAUCGACCCCACCAUCAACCCAAGGCACAUGGAGAUGUAUGCCGACAAGGACAGCCGUGGUGGGGUGUUGGAGCCAGAGGGCACGGUAGAGAUUAAAUUUCGGAAGAAGGACCUGGUGAAGACCAUGAGACGAGUGGACCCAAUCUACAUGAGCUUGGCUGAGAGGCUAGGCACGCCGGAGCUCAGUGUGGUGGAACGCAAGGAGCUGGAGGCCAAGCUGAAGGAGCGAGAGGAGUUCCUGCUCCCCAUCUACCACCAGGUGGCGGUGCAGUUCGCCGACCUCCAUGACACCCCAGGGCGCAUGCAGGAGAAGGGCGUCAUCACUGACAUCCUGGAGUGGCGCACCUCCCGCCAGUUCUUCUACUGGCGCCUGCGCCGCCUGCUGCUGGAGGACACGGUGAAGAGGAAGAUCCAGGCGGCCAACAGCGAGCUGACGGAUGGCCAGAUCCAGGCCAUGCUGCGACGCUGGUUCGUGGAGGCCGAGGGCGCCGUCAAGGCCUACCUGUGGGACAGCAACGAGGACGUGGUGGAGUGGCUGGAGAGACAGCUGAAGGAGGAGGAAGGGGCACGCUCCAUCAUCGACGAAAACAUCAAGUACAUCCGCCGGGACCACAUCCUCAAGCAGAUCCGCAGCCUGGUGCAGGCCAACCCUGAGGUGGCAAUGGACUCCAUCGUGCACAUGACCCAGCACAUCUCGCCCACGCAGCGCGCAGAGGUGGUGCGCAUACUGUCCACCAUGGAGGCACCGCCCUCCUCCUAGAGCACGCCCCCCUGCACCCCACCCUCUGCCCCGACAGGCGUGCGCCAGCCUUCAGGACUCCAGAACGCAAGUACCACCCCUUCCCCCCAAAAAAAACCCCACCAACCAACACUGCUAACCACAGGGCAGGAGGGAGUGGCCGAGACUUUUGUGCGUUUCUGCACUCCGGCAGCGCCAUCGCUGUUCUGCAUUGUGACGACAGCCUCCUUGAACCCACUGAAGGCAGAGGCUCGACUGACGCCCUGGAAAGAAGACGCACAGAUCGGCUCUAGAACCAGAAUACAGCGUCUGUUAUCUACAUCUUCAAACACUCGUACUCAAUUAGGAUUAAUACAGGCCAGUGCAAUGCUUGUGAAGGUUCAGGGCCAGAUUAGUUUGUGUCCUGAAGGAAGAGAGUGAUUUUUUUAAUAGUUUAUCGAGGAUUUUCUAAAACAAAAGGUUUGUCCAGUGUGCAAGGUUUAAAAUGUUAGUAAUUGUACAGAAGAGGGGUGGUGUUGUCUCUACACCUCCCCCCACCGCUCUACAACCUCCUGCAAAAAAAAAAAGGACUGGAAGGAAAAUCCCAUUUUUUAAAAAAAGGCUUUGUGUGUUUGAGUGUGCCGCAAUAGCACUUUCAACAUCAGUAACCGGGCCCAAUUGCUUCUGUUGAACGCAAAUGGAAAGAUUAAAACACCUUUAAAAGAGCACUUAAUUUGCGAUCAAAGGCAGCAGGUGUAAACAGGAUGUGUGCUGUGUGGCCGGGCCUGCGGGGAGGGGGGGAGGGUAUCAAAGCUGGAGGGGCACAGGCUGCUCCCGCCCAAGGGUCCCUACUAUUCAGAGCCGAGCGCUUUCACAGGGGCCCCGGGGGUCAGCCGCGGCCUGGCCGCACAUGAGAGAGCGACAGGCGGCACCUGGGUGAGACGACGGGCCCCGGGGCGCAGGAACACACCCCCUCCUGCACGUGCGUGGCUCCAGCACAGCCCAGGUGUAUACAGAGUUAUAAAAAGCUGAGAGAAUCUCUUUUACCAAUAUCCUGGCAUUUUGUUUUGAUUUUUAAGAUAAUACGUUUUGUUAAAAUGCUUCAGUUUUUUAAUAUCUUUUAAUGUAAAAGUUGCCAAAUGUAAAUAUCAUAACAUCUUUCCCUCCUUUGUUUCAGUCUUGAGAAGACUGAGGGAUGGUGGUGGUAUAUUUACAGGCUAAUGCCCCACCUCUAAAAAGUGGGUAACCUAUUCAUAGCGGUUGUUAUAUUUACAUAUGCAAAUACAAUUAGAAAAUGAAUCGCUCAUGUCACUGUUUUAAAGUACUAAAUCUAAAAAAAAUCUUAAGUAAAAAUGGAGCGAGCUAAAUGAAAAGCUGUGAGCGAAUGAAACUGAUCAUCUGCAUGACAGAAAUUUCUAAAGCAGGAUUUCUUUUGAUGGGACCCAGACAGGCCUUUGAUAAAAGGUGUUGCACAUUUAAUGCGGCUUCCAUUAUUCUUUUAGGACCAAUCCUGUAUACAAAAAAAAUCACACCGACUAGCCCCUUUAACUCUACACUUGAAUAAUAAUUUAAAACCAUGUACUGUAUGUAUUCAGAUAACCUAACCCUUUAUCAAACCAAGGUAAUUUACUUUCAGCUUCAUUUUUUUUUACAUUUGUUUAAAAAUAGAAAGCAAGCAAGGGAUUGUUAAUGACUGAAGCAGUUAAAAAUACACCUGAAUUUUGUGAUGAAGGGGACAGAGAGCCUCUGAACAUAAUUCUACUGAGCAUGAAGCCUGUUCAGCUUGAACACAGGCAGAUGUGAGCACACCGUCCCACAGGGGCAGGGCUUCUGGCAGCUUGCUAUAGCAUGUCUGACGUUAUCCAGAUGUGCAGCUCAAACAGACAGAUGUGGGUGGGGGGGGGAAAUCACUAGAGCAGUGGCCACAGUGUACAAAACACCUUUUCACCUUCUACGGAUCUAUCAGUUAUAAAGGAGAGUUAAGAGAGGUCAGUGUUACGGGAUAGGCUCUGUAGUUUUGGAUAAUGCAGGUGACAGAAAAUUACAGGUCAACAAUGCCUCUUUGCCUCUUUGUUUGUUGUUGUUGUUUUUUUUGCCUAUCUGAAGGCGAGAAAAGGUUGUGUGAUGUAAUUGUCUAGCUAUCAGUCCUGGUAGUUGUAUACUAAGAGGUAGCUGGCCAGGACAAGGGGCUCCUGCAGCCAUUCAGUUACCUCACAGUGUUGUUUUAAUAAAGUGCAGUACCCGAA